CUGUGAGGAACUGGCUAAACAUUUAACCAGUUCUACAAUAUAAUUUGAAUUUCUGCUGAAGAACAGGUUUCAAUCUAUAUUUUAAACUUAAAAGGUUUCAAGUUCAUUUUGAGGUAUAUUUUCCGCAUAAGAACGACCACAAGUCGGUUGAAAGGCCGAAUGUAUCCGAAUAAUUACGGAAGUUUCCGAAGAAGUCUGAACGUGGACCGAACGUGAACGCAAACGAAUUCCAAUGGAGAGCCGAACGUGACCGACCCGAAGUGUGCCGAUCGUGGCCGACGCCCCAUCUGGGAAACACUUCGUGGGUUGCCUAUCAACCGCUUAUAAACCGACCAGACACAUCACACAGAUCCAUGCUAAGGGCUUACUGAGGUCCUCCAGGCGCGACACUAACUGGAUGUACGCUGUUAUGUACUAAUCUUGGGCCUUUUUGCUUUUUUCUAAACACUAAUAAACCCUGCCGACGACCUCUGAAUAAAGCCUGGACUGAAUAUCGGCUAUUGUUAUUUUUCUUGGGACAUUACAGCAGUAGCUAGCCGAUAGCUACUUUGGCUUUGACCACUACGGCCAGCAGGUGGAGCUUCAGGAUGCUGCAGUGCUAAGGAUGCUAGUUGUCGUAGCUCUGCUCACGAUGGCUGGGAUGGGUGAAGCUGAGGUCUGCACAGACCUGGAGAACUGCUCCAGCACCAAUAAUACCAAGGACUGGUGCUACACGGGCCGGAUCCGCAGCACCGUGCUCCAGGGCCUGCCCUUCGGAGGAGUGCCCACCGUUCUCGCCCUCGACUUUAUGUUCUUCUUGGCGCUGCUGUGUAUAUUCUCAGUCUUGCGGAAAGUGGCGUGGGAUUAUGGCCGUCUCGCAUUGGUAUCGGAUGCUGACAGUAGGCGGAAUCAGCAGUAUCAACGUCUGGACGAGCAGGAAUAUGUGGCCUCCGCCAUGCAGACGCCUGCUGACUCCCGAUAUGAGCGGCUCACCUCUGUGUCCAGCUCGGUCGACUUUGACCAAAGAGACAAUGGCUUCUGUUCCUGGCUAACGGCCAUCUUCAGGAUAAAAGAUGACGAGAUCAGGGAGAAGUGUGGUGAAGACGCAGUACACUACCUCUCGUUCCAGCGGCACAUCAUUGGUCUGUUGGUGGUGGUGGGCGUGCUCUCCGUGGGCAUCGUCCUGCCCGUCAACUUCUCAGGAGACCUAUUAGAAAAUAAUGCCUACAGUUUUGGGCGAACUACAAUAGCCAACUUGAAAUCUGGCAAUAACCUGCUUUGGCUGCACACUACAUUUGCCUUCUUAUAUCUGUUACUGACCGUGUACAGCAUGAGGAGACACACUUCAAAGAUGCACUACAAAGAAGACGACUUGGUGAAACGCACUUUAUUCAUAAAUGGGAUUGCAAAAUAUGCAGAAGACAGUCAAAUAAAGCAGCAUUUUGUGCAAGCUUAUGAAAACUGCGUAGUGCUGGAUGCUCGAAUUUGUUACGAUGUCGCCAGGCUGAUGUCCCUGGAGUCGGAAAGGAAAAAGGCAGAACGCAGCAAAAAGUUCUACACAGAUCUGAUGGCCAAAGAGCAUGUACCCACUAUGAUAAACCCCAAACCCUGUGGACACCUGUGCUGCUGUAUCAUCAAGGGCUGUGAGCAGGAAGAGGCGGUGAAUUACUACACUAAACUUGAGGCCAACCUGAAGGAAGAAUACAGAAAAGAAAGAGAGAAAGUCAACACAAAACCUCUUGGGAUGGCGUUUGUGACGUUCCAGAAUGAAGCAAUGACAGCACUCAUUUUGAAGGACUUUAACGCGUGUCAGUGUCAUGGCUGUCACUGUCGAAGAGAGCCCAAGUCCUCUCCAUACAGCUGCAUCCUCAACACUUAUAACUGGACAGUCACGUACGCUCCAGACCCACAGAACGUCUACUGGGAGCAUUUGUCCAUUGGUGGCCUCAACUGGUGGCUCCGCUGCUUUGUCAUCAACUGCCUGCUCUUCCUCCUGCUCUUCUUCCUCACGACCCCCGCCAUUAUCAUCUCCACCAUGGACAAGUUCAACGUCACCAAACCCGUGGAGUACCUUAACAACCCCAUCGUCACCCAGUUCUUCCCAACCCUGCUGUUGUGGUGCUUCUCAGCUCUUCUCCCUACUAUCGUCUACUACUCUGCCUUUUUUGAGGCCCACUGGACACGAUCUGGAGAGAACAGAACCACCAUGCACAAGUGCUACACAUUCCUCAUCUUUAUGGUUUUGCUGCUGCCAUCUCUUGGACUCAGCAGUUUGGAUCUUUUCUUCCGCUGGCUCUUUGACAAGAAAUUCCUUGACGAGGCAAAAGUACGGUUUGAGUGUGUGUUCCUGCCAGAUAAUGGAGCCUUCUUUGUGAAUUAUGUCAUCGCAUCUGCCUUCAUCGGUAACGCCAUGGACCUGUUACGCAUACCGUAUUUUCUCAUGUAUAUGAUCCGCCUAUGUUUGGCGCGCUCCGCCGCAGAGAGGCGCAACGUGAAGAAGCAUCAAGCAUACGAGUUCCAGUUUGGAGCUGCUUACGCCUGGAUGAUGAAUGUCUUCACUGUGGUCAUGACAUACAGCAUCACCUGUCCUAUUAUUGUACCAUUUGGUCUAAUGUACAUGCUGCUCAAGCACCUUGUGGACAGGUAUAAUAUGUAUUAUGCCUACCUGCCCUCUAAGCUGGAUAAAAAGAUUCACUCUGGAGCUGUUAACCAGGUGGUGGCAGCACCGAUCCUCUGCCUCUUCUGGCUGCUUUUUUUCUCCACUGUCCGCACAAGUUUUGUUGCUCCGACAUCAAUGUUUACCUUUGUGGUUCUGGUCAUCACCAUCAUCAUCUGCCUCUCCCAUGUCGUCUUCGGUCAUUUUAAAUACCUCAGCGCACACAAUUACAAGAUCGACAUGGAUGGUGUGGACAACGGAAGACCACCAGACUCAUCCCCACCUGUCAAGUCUAUGCAGACGUACGUCGCUCAAGUGCUGCAGGACCCGAACUCAGACGAGACGGGCUGCGGCGAGGACGAAGGUCAGGGGUCCUCGCAGGACGAGGAAGCGGUAAACGAGGGUGAUUUUCAGUCAGGAGAAGACAGCCUUAUUGAGAAUGAGGUGCACCAGUGACCAAGACAGAGGUCACAUUGUGUGCUGAACUAUAUGAAGCUAGCAGGACUCCAAGCCCACCGAACAAAGAUCCACCACACCACACUGCACUGUUUGGGUGUGAGAAUCCGUUGCAGUAGAUACACUCCAUUAUCACUGGGUCUUAGAGGCCCGAUAGACAACUUGCAAGAAUCUGGUGUGGCUCUCGAUUGAUUGUGACAGCCGGUCACAUUCUCUCCACGUAUAUCAGAAAUUGGUUCAUCAUAGUGUCAUAAUUUACCCUGUUCUUACAGAGGUUGGUAGGCACCGAAUUUCUUCACGUCACAAGCCCUUGUCUCAUAAAUAAGCAACAAAACGAUUAUGGGAAAAUUGCGUUUCACAUUUAAAUAUUCCUAUUAUGAUGAACUAAAAACAGUUAUAGUGCUAUUUCAGGUGGGUUUCAGAUGGACAGUAAAGUUCUGUAUUAUUCCAGACAGCAAGUAAAUGUACAGUCAGCUGGUCAUUAAGGCAAAAUCAAGCUAGAAAGGUUGAUCAGGACCCAAACGUGAAUAUCCUACUUAAAGGGAUAGUUCACCCAAAAAUGAAA